GUAUGCGGCUGGCGAGACUGGGUUGGGAUGUCUACUCGCCAUCCAUAUAAAACCAAUGCGGAGACUUGCUGUUUACAGUCAGCUCAGAAUUGUACGGAUGAUGACAAUAAGUAGCUAACAUUGUGACAGUAUAGUGAUUGGAAUGCAAUCAAACUGUUGGACAUUUGUUCAUCAGUGGAAUUCAAUAGACUUAACUAGCUAAUAAUAGCGGUCGGCUAUUUUCCACUUAUAUUUUCUUAACCACGGGACACUGAACAAAUAUUAAAAUGGUCAUCAUUACAAAGAAAUUGAAGACCUUUGAGGUCGUUUUCCAUGAUCCUACUAAGGCUUUCUACUCCAGUGGUGACAAGGUAGCCGGGAAUAUUGUGGUUGAGGUGUCCGAGGUGACCAAGGUGUCAGCUAUGAGAGUGUUUGGAAUUGGAUGCGCAAAAGUGGAGUACGCGAAAGGAAAGCACAGAUGCCGUGAAGACAUUGAAUAUCUGAAAUACGAAGAUACCGUUUAUCUGGACCACCAGCCUAGAGAUUCCAAUGGCUCGGUCACUCUCAGACCAGGGAACAGAUAUGAGUACAUGUUUGGCUUUGAGUUGCCACAUCCUGGGCAACUGGUGUCGUCCUACAAGGGGAAGUUUGGCUGUGUCCAGUAUUAUGUCAGGGCUGUGAUGGAGAGGCCUUCCCAGCCUGCCUUGCAGUGCGAGAAACACUUUGAGGUGGAGGAGCCCUUGGACGUCAACACCCCUGACCUCCUGGCUCCAGCUGCAGGUACGAAGGAGAAGAAGCUCACCUGCAUGUUCAUCCCAGAUGGACAUGUGUCCAUCAGUGCCAAGAUCGACCGCAAGGGCUUCUGCGAGGGCGAGGACAUCUGCAUCAAUGCAAAGUUUGAAAACACCUGCUCACGUAUCGUGGUGCCCAAGGCAGCCAUCAUGGUCAAGCACACCUACCAGGCCAAUGGCAGGACCAAGGUCCUGGGGCAGAAGCUCUCAGUCGUGAGGGGCAACCAUAUCAUCUCGGGCAUGUGUGACAUGUGGCAGAGCAAGACCAUCCGAGUGCCUAGGCUCAAGCCCUCACUCCUGGGGUGCGACAUCAUUCACGUGGACUAUGCCCUCAGGAUCUAUGUCCACAUUCCCGGCAGUGACAAGGUGGUCCUAGAGUUGCCCCUGGUCAUCGGGAACAUCCCCUUCAAUGGCUUUGGCAGCCGCACCAACAGCAUGAGCAGCCAGGCAGAGUCCCUGAACACCCCCUUCAGUAGCUUUGGGUCGCUGUGCCUCCCGUCACAACCCCCCAGCUACAGCAACAUCUCCCGUGACUGCCGUAUCGACUCCGCCCUCACACCUCUGUUGGUCAACUACGAUGCAGAUGAGGAUGAAGGACUGUUCAUGCGCGCCCCCGAGCUUUGGUACCCUCCUCCCCCUGCCUACACCGAGGUUGACGAGGAUCUCAAACAGCAAUGGCCAUGUUCUUCGGGUCUGCUGAACCACGAGUAAGAGUUGCAAUUAAUCCCCGUUGUAGUCUAAGCACAGGUGGUUAGCCUUAGUGAGAUUGGGGAACGGACUGGUGACUGGUUAAAGAGCAGCACAGCUGUGAAGCAGAAAGAGUGUGGGACCCUAGCCCUGAAGACUCUUUCAAGGAACAGAACUGAGAUGUGGACUUGAGAGUCAAGUUGAAGUGAAACUAUUCAGGUUGAAUGAGUAUGGAUUGUAGAUGUUGGUGUCCACUCCACAUUCACUAUCACCAUUGCAGUCUUCAGAAACUGAUCGUUCUACAGUUGAAGUCGGAAGUUUACAUACGCUUAGGUUGGUUUACAUACACAUGCACAAAUGUAUUAUUGACAAACUAGUUUUGGCAAGUCGGUUAGGAUA